AUGGAGCUUCAGUUUUGGCCUGAUUUUGUGUCAUUCUUGAAAAAGCUGAAUGGUCGGAUGCUUUUGGUGGUUCUGGUCUUGUCUCUUUUGAUUAUUGACCUAGUGAAAAAGAGACGACCCAGGAAUUUCCCUCCAGGGCCGCAGCUCUUUCCUCUCGUGGGAACCGUUGUGGACUUUAAGCAGCCCCUCCAUCUUGCACUGCAGAAGCUUACGGGUCGGUACGGGAACAUCUUCAGCGUGCAGUUUGGAAGUCUGACAUUCGUGGUGGUCAACGGGUACCAGAUGGUGAGAGAAGCUCUUGUCCAUCAGGCUGAAAUAUUUGCUGACCGGCCAAAUAUUCCACUCCUCCAAGAAAUAUUUAAAGGCUUUGGGCUUAUAUCAUCCAAUGGGCACAUAUGGAGGCAGCAGAGAAAGUUUGCUUUAGCAACACUGAAAAGCCUUGCUGUAAAUUUUGAGGAAAAAGUGCAAGAGGAGAGUCGGUACCUCGUGGAGACAAUUGAGGAGGAGAAAGGACAGCCCUUUGACCCUCAUUACAAAAUUAACAGUGCUGUUUCAAACAUCAUCUGUUCCAUAACUUUUGGGAGCCGCUUUGACUACCAUGACAACCGUUUCCAGGAACUGCUGCACUCCCUGGCUGAAACGCUGCUGCUCAUCGGAAGUUUCUGGGGCCAGCUUUAUAAUGCUUUUCCUUUGAUCAUGAGAUGGUUGCCAGGACCCUUCAGGAAAAUCUUCAGGCACUGGGAGAAACUUCAAUAUUUUGUGAAAGGCGUGAUUGCGAAGCACAAAGAGGAUUUGGACCAGUCUGAGGCAGGAGAUUAUAUUGACUGUUACCUGAAGGAAAUAGAAAAGUUUAAGGGUGACACCAGCUCCUAUUUCCAUGAGGAAAACCUGCUGUGCUCCACCUUGGACCUGUUCUUAACUGGGACAGAGACAACGGCGACCGCCAUCCGCUGGGCUCUGCUCUACAUGGCCGCGUACCCCCACAUUCAGGAGAAAGUGCAGCAGGAGAUCGACGCUGUGGUCGGGCAGUGCCAGCAGCCCUCGAUGGCCGACAAGGAGAAGAUGCCAUACACCAGCGCCGUGCUGAGCGAGGUCCUGCGCGUGGGCAACGUGGUGCCCCUGGGGGUGCCCCGCAUGGCCACCAGCGACACCACCCUGGCUGGCUUCCACCUGCCCAAAGGCACCACCCUGAUGACCAGCCUGACCUCGAUAAUGUUCGACAAAAACGUGUGGGAGACUCCCGACACCUUUAAUCCUGAACAUUUCCUGGAAAACGGCCAGUACAGGAGGCGGGAGGCUUUUCUGCCCUUCUCUGCAGGUAAGAGGGCUUGUCCCGGGGAGCAGCUCGCCAGGACCGAACUCUUCAUCUUCUUCGUGGCCCUGCUGCAGAAGUUCAGCUUCCAGGCCCCAGCUGAGGCCGCGCUGUCCUUCGCCUUCACGCUCAGCCUCACGCGCUGCCCCAAACCCUUCCAGCUCUGCGCCGUGCCCCGGCACUGAGCCGGGCCUGGCUGCCCCACAGCCCCCCUCAGCCUCACAAACUGGGACAUCCCCCUCUCCUGACCACCCCAGAGGUUUUGGGCUGAAAUGAUGGGCCCUGGAGGUCCAGCAGGUGCCGCUAUCUGGGUGGCAGGGGUAGGGCACACGGGCCCCAUCCUGCCCGCUGCAGCAAACACAACCCUUGGGGCUCUUCCCUUCACCUCAUUCCUACUCCCUGCUACCAGUCUGAUAAAAUGCAUAGAUUUAAAAGCCUUAUUCCCUAAUUUCCACAGUCAGCAAUUCCCAGAAAAGUGUCUGCCAGCUGCAAAAGCAUGGUUUGAUGUUGACUUUUCCAUGGGGAAUAUGUCCAUCACCCAGAGACCACUUAGCAGCCCCUAAUGCUGCAGCAGCCAAAUAGCCAGGGGCUCCUGAGGUGUCCCUGCUCAGAGCGAGCUCCUGGCCUUGGACACAAGCUCUGGACUCAAGACUCAGCAUCAAUUUGGGCUUUCAGGUGGCCACAGCCAACGCUGAGCCUCAGGUGGGAUUGGGCUCAGGGUGGUGGAAACUCCCUGCAGCACCACAUUGCUGCUGUGUGAUGGAAAUCACAGAAUCAAGGAAUAGUUUGGCUUGAAAUGGACCUUAAAGAUCAGCCCCUCUGCCACGGGCAGGGCCACCUUCCAGAAAAUACAUUGCUCCAAGCCCCAUUCAGCCUGGCCUUGGACACUUCCAGGGAUAAAAGAUAUCUAAAAUAUAAAAUAGAUCUCUGCAGCAGACAGAGCAAGAAUUUUUUUUUUUAUCUCAAAGAUUAUAUGGGAGUUCUAAUUACAAGGCUACAGGGGAGUAGAAGCUGCUUCUACCACAGCCCAGCCCCAGUGGGAUGGCACAAGGAGCUGUGCUUUCACCAGGUCUGGAAGGGCUAUAAAAAUAUGAUACAGCAAUUUUAUAUUAGAAAAGCAAAAGGUUUGUGCUAGUAAAAUCCAAAUCAGAAAAGCUGCAACAAAACAAUCCCCUGGGGUUGCUGGGGAGCAGCUCACCUGAAGCACAGCAGAAAGGGAACAGCAGAGUUGGAAGGGACAUGCCCAUGGUGGUUCAGUGCAGGCUCUCAGGAAGGAAGUGUUGGAACAGUGGUUUUGUGGUGGCAGGUCACGAGUUCAGCACUUCCCCUCUGCUUCUGGCAAAGAUUCGUGUCUGUGUGAGCAGCAUGGACGUAGCAGGGGGCCGAGGAAGCAGCUGGGACAGGGCACCCUGCACCAUGGACACAGCUUCUUCCUAUGCCAGGCCUCUUUGGAUGAGAGUUAAUUAAAUACGCAACUUGCAGAGAAUUUUUCCGUUUAUGUGACCAAGCAUUUGUGCUUAGAAAUGCUGUCUCCUGUGUGCUUCAGUUUAGACUAUAGUCACUAUAGCAAAGGUUCUUCUUCUUGUUUUUGUUGGUUUUUUGCUUCUUACCUUUCAUAAGUGACUUUUCUGUGGGUACCCAUGUAGGAUAUGGAAUAGUUAACAGGAAAAGAGGAUUACAUCGAGUUUCAUUUCCGCUGGUUUUCUCCUCUGUCCCCGGCAGUAGCGGCUUUGCUGCGGUACAAAGCAAUCCCUGUGCAGUGGCAGAUUUAUGCCACAGGGGAGAGUGCUCUGCACAUCACAUCCCUGCCACGCCGGGCACACGGGGAUUCUGUCACUGAGCUGUCCUUCCGACUGAUCACUUUAAUCCUAUUGCGGUUUUAAUUAUUGUGUCACAGUCACGGGCUCCCAUGUUGUGUUUUUGUCUUUGUAAAAGAGAAAACAUAAAAGAUACAAGGGCUUUUUUUCACCUAUGAAGUCUUCAGCGCCACUCGGGACGAGGCACUGGUUUCUCUCCAUUUUUGUGUUCCUUCUGUUGUAGGUCUGACCUCUGGCUUGUGGCUGCAGCUUGUAUUAUUUGCACUGGCUUAGC